AGAGUGUGAUUCCAAAAGUAAGCAUUGAAGAUGGAAAAAAGUCAACAUGUCCAUGCCUUCAAUCAAUUCGUGGUCUCUAGAUGACGCUAUGCAAAGCUCAGAGAACGCCAAAGUCAGGAGUCACUGAUCCAAUCAUGCACCUCCUGAUAUUAAGAGUGCUCCUCUCCUGCAUGGGGCUGCUCGGCAAUGUGGUCCUCAUCCUCUCCAUCAUUCAUACCAGGGUCACCCCACUUAAAACGUUUGAGCUGUUUCUUCUGGGACUGGCCGCAGCCAACCUGGAGGAGAUUCUCAUCAUCAACAUCUACGACUUUCUUCAGAUCUCCUAUGUCGUCUCGGAUGCUUGGUCCUGUCGCUCGCUGAAGUUCCUGACCGUGUUUGGGGAAAUCAGCAGCAUCCUCUUCACCGUCCUCAUCAGCAUCUAUCGCUACCAAAAGAUGAGGGGUACCUACAAGAGGGUCCAUCUUGGCAUCUACCUGGACAACAUUCGGGUGGCCAGCAUGGUGAGCGGGCUUUGCGUCGGCAUCUCCGCCGUCCUGAGUAUCCCUAUCUUUGUCAUAAACUUACAAGGCCAGGCGGGGAACCUCAUGAGGAACCACACAGGAUGCCCCUCGGACUUCUUCCUCUGCAGCGACUAUCACUGUCCAACUGUCAACCGCAUCUACAAAUAUGUCUUCCUCCUGCUGUGCAAUCUGCUGCCUCUGAUCAUCGUCACGCUCACCAGCAGCCUCAUCGUUGCAGUGCUGCUCAGCCGGACGACGACUGUGACGCCCAUCGCCAGCGUGAGCGGCUCCACACAGACCGUGAGAAAACGUCACGGUCGGCGGCUUCACCGGAGCACCGUCGCUAUCCUGGCGGCCAUGUCGCUCUUCCUGGUAGACUGGACUCUCUAUCUGAUCUUCCAGAUGGUUUUCAACCCCACGGAUGUCCGCUUUUGGGCGGAAAUGGAGUUCUUUAUAUCCACGUCCUACACGUCCAUCAGUCCAUAUGUGUACGGGAUUGGGAAUAGCUUGUUCUCCGUCAAGAACUUUAGAAGAAAGAAUCUCUAUGGCGGCGUGCUCGUGCUCACUCCUUUCAACGACGGCUAUUCCAUUUCAGUCACACUUCACUGA